AUGAGGGCCGAGAGCCAAACACAAGAAAGUGCUAGGCGAUAUGAAGCCCAAAGUACCGAAAGUCUGGAAACUAGUACGCAGCCUCCAAAAAAAGCAGCAGGGCUCCUGCGCAGGUGCCUGUUGUCUCAAAAACGCAACCAACAACCAAGGGGAUGGCAAACAAACAAACAAACCAAGGGGAUGGACGGACACCCGUGCAACAAAUUCAUCACAAUCAUGCCCCGCGAAAACGGGACCCAGGGGCGCACAAACGGACCUGGAGCCCUCCAGGGCCUUGCCUCCGAGCUGCUCAAGAGGGGCCACCAGAUGCGCGUCACUGCCUUCCGUCGCGCUGCGCUCCCCGUCCUCCAGCACGCCAGCGACUCCGCAGCGGUGUCCAGGUACCCUCCCCGCCGCGCUUGA